AUGGCUAGAAUUGGAGCUUUCAUUAUAUUUUUCGUCAUCUCUGUCUCGCUUGCUUCAUUCUCAAUAGCUAGAGAGUUUCCAAGACUUCCGUCGGUAAUCGAUGGUGUCAUCUUCUCUGGAGGCAUCCCUGUUGUUUCCAAGACGACGACGGUGGUAGGAUGCGACGGCGGCCAGGAUCAUCACUUCUCGGCGGAAUAUUUGUCGUUUAUCACCGGAAAAUACGGGUCGUUGGUGUUGAACGCUCUUCCGAAAGGGUCAGUUCCGGCGUCUGGACCCAGCAAGAGGAUCAACGACGUUAAGACUUAA